AUGGCCCCUAGUCAGGCCCAAGCCCAGAAACGGCCAACUGCUACACAACUCGCAAAAAUCGACGAUUUCGCUAUCCCAGCAGAUGAAGAAGAAUGGCAUGAGCUUGUUGCUCGCAAACCCGGCUUGAAAAAGCAAACGAUCCACACAAUCCCAGCCGACUGGCUUCUGUCCGCCUCGGAGGCCACCAAUUCUCAAUAUGCGAUGCUCCGCACAUACUCUCCCGGAGCAACGACCAUCUACGCAUUUCAGGAGGAAUGUGACCAGUUUGGGUUCACCAAUCAAGUCCUGGAUACCGCUGCGGCGCUCCUGAGUGCGUCCACUGAAUGGUGCCGGUACAUCCAAAUUAUCGAGAGCGACGAUUCUAUUGAUAACAUUCUAGCUACGAGUGACAGGAUUCACGACAGAGACCGAAUGCAGGGCAUGAUAGCCGAAGUAGGGAGUACAACGGGAAGAGCCAGACCCCAACGUAUCCCUGAACUUCCAGACGCCGAGGAUGAGGCAACUGUAAAUGCCGCUACCAUAAUUCUUCUACAAGCUAUCUCUCAAUUGGCUCACUCGAACCUAGAGUGGGUUAUGAACCGCGCGCACUUUGUAUGCGAGUUCAAGAACUCCAAAUUCAAUACGUAUACUGAUGGGGCGUUGCGAUCAAAAAGUACCACGAACAUAUUCGCAAUUGUCGAGGUAAAGAAGACAGUCCGGAGGUCGGAGAAACCAAGUAUCUUCGUCCAAGAGGCCUGCGAGCUAGCGGGGUGGUUGAUGCAUUCAUCCGCACAGAUGGCCCACUUUAACGCACACUUCAUGCUGAUUUCGCAAGACCGCCAUCAGCUUUUUGUCACCUUUGUUCCGUUCGACAAGACCUACGAAGAUUACUUGAGGAUCGGAACCAAUACCGACGCCUUCCUGGUCAUGAACACAUAUGGUCCGUUCCGCACAACCGACCCUCGAGACAUGAUGGAAUUCGGUCGAAUAAUCCUCGCUGCUAUACUAAUUGUGAAGCCGGUGUCGUGA